AUGGGUAGCCCAGGGCACCCCCUUCAACCCUUCUUCUCCAUUUCUGCCUAUCCUCCCAACGACUCUCCCCUCCUUGCGCUCCAGCAUGACGAAACAGCCAACUUCAAAUCCGGAGCAACCGCGACUUCGCGCUUUUCGAGGGUUCAGAAACCGGUCUCACGGAGAAGUUCAACCGUCUCCGACCCCAGCACAGUUACCACUGCCCAAACCGUGCAAGACAAUCCAUGA